UAUGAAGCUCACAAAAAAUGAUCCCUAAAUGCAAUAAGUAAUUUUCAAAUCGAAAGCUUAGGAAUAAUAGAUGCUAUAUAAUAAAAAAUAUGCAUUUUUUACAAUGUAAAACGAAAAGUAUGUAUAAAUUAUUUGUGAAUUACCCAACAUUUUUACUGUUGAAGACGCUAUAACAUUCACUCUGCAUCAAUUCUAAAAGGAAUUAGGUAAUUUUAAACAAUAAUAAUCUUUAGGAGUAAACUUCAAAGCGAAAAAGGGAAGUGAUUACGUCUUAAAAAUUUCAAAAAAAUCUGGGCAACCCAAAGAUGAUUUGCCAAGUAUUAGCUAUAUAUUUUUGUCGCUUAGGUUUGGAUUAUGAAUAAAUCUUGUUUGAAACUGGAAGUCAAACAUUUACUUUAGUGUGUAAAAAUAAUCUGUAAAUUUCUGAUAAUUAAUAAUAACCUUAAACAUCGGUCACAACCACAAUGUGCUCAUAAUAAGAGUAAUAAGAUAUAUCAAUCAAGUCUAGAGUAUCAUAUACUAAUGGAUUAAAUAAAGGAAAAGUAAUUACAAUAUUCUUAUUUUUCUACUUAGAAACAAAUCAAAGAGAGUGAUAAGAAGGAAAAAAGUGGUGGAUUUUGUUUUUUCAAUAAGUGCUUUUGA